CUCUCACAGCUACUGAUGGGAAGAGCAUACUGGACUCGCUCAGAGCAUCACAGCUCAGUGUGAACAUCUCUGCUCACUGCAAGCCUGACUGACAGCACAGAGGACCCAAGUUAGCAUUGCAUGUGCUCAUCAGAGCAGGGACUUCUUUUGCUGACAGAUGCUUGCUGUUCCCUAAAUUGUAUGGUGCUUUGUGCAUGAAAAAAAAAAGAAAACAGACUUCCAAUGGAGUGCUAUUACAUAGUCAUCAGUUCCUCUCACCUGAGCAAGGGUCACUUCCGCAACAUCAAGGGAGUUUUUAGAGGACCACUCACUGACUCCAAAACUCUGGAGUUUGCAGAAAAGGAAAACACCAGCUCGAAUGCUCUGGAAUCUCAUAAAGCUAAUUUCUACUGUGAACUCUGUGACAAACAAUACCAUAAGCAUCAACAAUUUGAUAACCAUAUAAACUCCUACGAUCAUGCACACAAACAGAGACUCAAAGAACUGAAACAGAGAGAAUUUGCAAGAAAUGUAGCAUCGAAAUUGAGAAAAAAUGAAAGAAAGCAAAAAAAGCAUCUAGAAAGACUGCAUAAAUUAGCAGAUCUUAGGAGAGAAGCAACAUGUGCACCAGGAAGUGGUCCCAUGUUCAAGUCAACAACUGUAACUGUUAGAGAUCACAUUUGUGAAAGCCUUCAAAGUGCCAUUGUUCGCUCAGUUGAUAAGGAAGAAUCAAAUUGUGCCCCUUUCAAUGGUACCAGUGUGAUGUCUGUACUUUUGUCCAGUUCAGAAAGCUCAAAAAACAAUAACCAAUGUGUUGAUGAUCAGAUCCAACAAACUAAAGAACAUAGAGUUAGUUUCUCUUUUGCAUUUCCUAAAAGGACUCCACUUAAACUUGAAUCUUCAGCAGCUGUUUUCUAUGAAUUCAAUGAUGAAAUUAUAAGUGAGCAAGGGGUCAAAAACCAAAGGAAUUUGGUCACCGAAUCAUUGAUUACACAGUCUAUUGUACCAACACAAUGCUUGAAAGAAGAAAUACAACCUGCAACUGUUUUAGAAAAUCAUACAUAUGAUGAAGGACUUUCCUCGAUGGACACAAAUCAGAAACUAGUCCAAGAAACUGAAUUAACUAACUGUUUAAAGUCUGAAGCUUGCCCUGUAAAAGUGCCUUUGGACUUUGGAGCCUCUGUAAACUUGGAGGCACAUAUGCUUUUAAAGCAAAUGCCAAGUACGGAGUAUCUUGAAAAUGUACAAAUGACUGAGAUAAUAUCCACAUCUGAGACAAUCAAUGUAAAAUCUACCAGUGAAGACUGCUUUACCUCUGAUUUAGACCAUUCAAAAAAACCUGAGAAUACAAUGUUCAAUAAGUUUGAAAAUUGCACUACACUUGUGGAGGACCUUACCAAAAAUGUAUCAAAUUCCAUUUCAUCAACUUGCAUUGAAUUGGAUACUUCAAAGGCACAAAUGAAAUGCACAUCACAUAGACGAUUGAGUGAAGCUUUUCAUCCGGUAAAAAGUAGAGAUGGCUCAAGAGUUCUUCAAUGGCCUUCUGAAAUGUUAAUGCAUACCUGUAGACAGCCAUCAAUUUCCUAUAGCUGCAAUCCCCUAUAUUUUGACUUCAAAGCUUCAAAAACAACAGAGUGUAGAGGACAAAGUAAAAAUUUACAACGUGGUCAAGAUAGAGAGUUUUUCCAUCAAUGUGAUAAAAAUAGAUCACAUCCACAGACAGUCACUGAAUUUAAAACAAAGUGUGAUGGUCAAAAUGAUGGGUCACAGUCUACUAAAUAUAGCAGAAACAAGAGUUAUGAUCUUACGAAUUGUCAGAAUAACCUGAAAUGUUGUGGUCUUAUUUGUAGCAUUAAACAAAAUGAAAAGAAUAUAAUUUCCAAAUAUUAUCUUAGAAAAGAUGAUAGCCUGGAUCCAUCAAAAGGCAAAAAUAAGACCAAAAUCAAUAGGAAAUCUAUUCGUAAAUGUGAAAAGAGGAAACAUCAGAGACAACACAUACACAUAGUCAAGAUGCCCAAAAUCAGAUGCAGAAAAAAGUGUCACAUUUUUUGUAAUACAAAAAGUCUAGAAAAACCAACUGUUGAAUCAAAAGACUCAUUGUGUUCAAUAAAAAAAAUAACAAAUACAAAUCAAAUGCCACACACUGAGCAAGAACAUAUACAAGAAUUUCUCAGGAUACCAACUUUACACAUCAAAAAGGAAUGCAGGAUUUGGAAUGUACACAGCAAAAAAGAAUUUAACAGUUAUUCAGAAAAGGAGCCCGGCAAAAAUAUAGUGUAUUCUAACCAAUCAGAACAGUUAACGUUAAACAAAGACUCCAAUGAUAGAACUAAUUCUAAAACAUUAUGUAGCUGGAACGCAGAAAAAACGCAGUCAACUCUUCAAAAACAUGAAAUAUUGUUAAAUAAAAGUUGUUCUGUUAAAAGAGUGCAUACCUCUGUCAUUGAUGAAACACACUUUGCCUGCAAGAGACCUAGAUUGUGCAAACCAAUUUCUUCAUCUGUCCCAAUAAUCAUUUUCCCCAUACACAAACUUUCGGCGAUAUGUGAGCACUUAUGGAUAAAAUCAAGACAAGCAGGUGAUAUUAGGCCAGAUGGCAACAUAAUCAGAGUCCCAUGUUCCAAAUCCUUAUAUGCCAAAUCUGCAAAUGAUAUGCUAGCAAAUAAUAGCAAUCAAUUGGAAAUAACAUCUUUUAGGGCAGCAGAGUUUCUCCAAAAAAUCGAAAAGUUUAAGAAAGUGGUAGAAAAUAAAAUUGACCAACUGUGCAAGAGCCUUUUUGAUUUUACGGAUAGAAAACAAACACAAUUAUUUUGUACUGGGAACAUUCCUGAAACUGUAACAAAUGUCAGAAAUCCACUAGCUUCUAUAAAAGAGAAAGAGGUUUUGCCUGAAGGAAAGAUCAUUGAACAAAACAAGCAACAUGAGAGUGGAUUUCCUUCCCUACCUUGUAGCAAUAGAAAAUCAGAACCGUGCAUAAUGAAAUCACAUUUAUCAGACAAGUUGGCAGGGGAAGUAUAUAAUGAAUCAAGAAGGAACUGUAUAAAAUGGAACACGGAGACUUUAUCAACGCAGCCAUCACCAUGUAAAGAAAAACGCAUGAACAGUCAAACAUUUAUAAGCGAGAAAUUGCUUUCUCAUGUUGGCCUAACCUAUCAAGAUACUUUUUUUCCUCCAGAAAUUUCAAAGAGGCAUAAAUAUCAUCACUGUGGUGCAUACAAUCAUAAACUACAGCAUGGUAUAAUUCCUAGUAAAUUAAGACUAAUAAUUCCUACAAUAGCAGUUCAGUCAUGUGCUUCUUUAUAUCCAGUUCAAUUAGAGCAACCAUUUUGUUCUGUUUCAGUAGCUACAGUACAGCCUACACUGUUACAGCAUCCUGUAACUGAUGCUUUCGCAGCUACCUCUGUCGAAAAUGUUAAACUUGUAGAUCCUCCACACCAUUUUGUACAACCACAGUGUCAUGUUUUCUCAAGAAAUCCAUUUUAUCAAAUAGCAGUAGAGCCUACAUUCUGUCCAAGUGAUACUUUUAUCUCUUCACCCCAAGUACCAGUCCUACAAAAUUCCAUGUUUUGUCAUAUUCCGGUGCCUUUUCCUCAAGUUUCUCAUGCCAGUGUUUUCCCCAUUAUUCAUCCACCUCAUCCACCUCUCAUUCAAAUGCACCAUCUUCUUUAGUGUUCAAUUCUACCUAGUAGUUUUGCUAGGUGGCAAAAAGACUAAGGACUUUGCUAGGUGGCAAAAAGACCAAGGACUUUAUAAUUCCCUUAAUAUAUAUUGGCUUAAGCCCCUUUUAAAACAAGUCCUAUAUGCCCUUAUUCCAACCCUACAUUUUUACAUGGUUUAUAAAUCACAAUAUAACAUAAAAUAUUUGAAUUUAUUCUGAAUAUUAUAUAAACCUAUAUUUAUAACUCAGU